AUGUUGUUGGAAGGUUUGUUUAUUUGCGGUCAAAACGAAGCAAUUCCAUUGAAAAGUCUUUCCGUACGAGCAUUUCUGCAGGGCUAUGUAGUAGGAUUUCGCUCGACCUUGACCUACGACAACAACACCUCUAAUCCACUCGAAGUAUUUUUCCGUACGCCCGUCGACGAUUCUUACGCCGUCGUUGGUUUAGAAGCCUGCAUCGAUGGCAGAAAGAUCCGAGCAGAGAUCCAGGAAAAGGAUAAAGCGAGGGAGAUGUACCAGGAAGCUAUAUCAAGAGGGCGUACAGCCGCAUUUGGGGAAGAAAAAAAGGGUGACAUAUUUAGUUUGGUUCUGGGUAAUCUCCCCCCGGGCGAGAAAGCUGUGAUACAACUCACGAUGGUCGGCGAGCUGGCUGUUGAACCCGAUGGAGCAGUACGGUUUGUUCUACCAACGGUACUAAAACCCCGGUACACACCUCCUGGGAGUACAGAUCCCCUAGCGCCAGAAAGUCCCACUUCAGGAAGUGGCCCAGUUCACCAUGCUACAGGACCCCCAGAAUAUAAAUUUGACAUGGUGAUCAAUGGAGCUCCUGGUAUUGCAAAGGUGACAUCGCCAUCCCACGAGAUUUGUGUCGAAAAUAAUGGUCAAAAUAUUAACGUCUCAUUGGCUGAAGAUAAACAAACAGAUAUAGUCAUUCUGGUUCAACCAAAGGAAGCUCAUAAACCUUUGGUAAUCAUUGAGCCUUGUUUGUCAAAUGGUGAAAAUGAUUUCCAGAAAAACACGGUCGUCAUGGUCAGCUUCUUCCCAGAAUUCAAAGGUGACACCUCAUGUCUCCAAGCUGCAUGUGAAUUUGUGUUUGUUAUCGAUCGCAGUGGAAGCAUGCGUGGUUCUUACAUCCAAGACGCAUCCCAAACACUCUUGCUGUUCCUAAAAAGUAUCCCCGAAGGUUGUUAUUUCAAUGUGAUUGGUUUUGGAAGCAGUUAUGUACAUCUGUUUCCCGAGAGUGUGGCCUACAAUCAGAAAAAUUUAGAGAUUGCAGUAAAACAUGCAAAAAACCUGCAAGCAGACCUUGGUGGCACAGAACUAUUUGACCCUCUCAAGGACAUCUUCAGCCAUGCACCCAUGAAAGGCUUGCCGAGACAAGUAUUUGUUCUCACGGAUGGAAGUAUUGGUAAUACAGAAUCUGUGAUUAAGUUGGUUGCAAAGAAUUCCAAUGACUCCAGGUUUGUUUAUGUUUUCUCACUAAAUUACCCUGGGUACCAGAGCCUCUUGUGGUAGAAGUGAGGACAUGAUGAGGAGGCUCGGGUACGCAAGCCUCCAGCCUCUCUUUGGUGAGUUUAAUAUUUGAACUCUACUGUAUUUCACGUCCAACCGACAUGAGCCAGUUUGUCAAUGAAAAGACUGGGUGACAUAAAUUUAGUCCAAUCACAAACAGAGUUCAAUUAUUGAACUUGCCAAAGUAAGGCUGGAGGCUCGCGUGACCUGAGUCUCCUUGUUGUGUCCUCACAUCUAUAACCAGGGCCACUGAGACCUUGGCGGGGGCCCGGGGCAAAUUUUUUUAAGGGUCCCUAUCUCAAAUUUUUUUCCAGAAAAACAACAACCCCCCUCGACAACUUUUUAGGGAAAAACUUUUUCUGGACGAGUACAUUGUAAUUGCUCUCCAGCGACUUUACCUCUAUUUUCUCCCCAAAAACACUUUGCCCAAAAAAAACAAAUAUCUUGCACAGAAAUAUUUCACCCAAAAAAUGACUGGGGCGCAACAACCUGGGGCCCCGGGGCAAUUUGGCCCUCCCUCUCUGUGACCAUGUCUAUAACAAAAGGCUCUGGUACCCAGGGAUCAGAACUAAAUGAGUAAUGUUUAAAAACCUCUGUGUUGCAUUGUGCCAUACUUUAAUUUACUCUGUCUAAUACCAGACAAUUUUAUUCAUCAAGGGGUGAGUGCUGGUGCUCAGUGGGUCAAUUAAGUAAGAUACUGUAAACCUCCGAAUAUAAGCCCCCCUGAAUAUAAGCCCCCCCCCGUGUAUAUGCCCACCACAUGUACUAACGCUCACAUCAUUCCAAAUAUAAGCCCCCUCCGAAUGUAAGCCCACCCGAAUAUAAGCCCCCCAAAUAUAAGUCCCCCAAUUAAUAUAAGCCCCGUAAUUGCUGCUUAAUAUUUACACGAUUAUUUCCCUGAUUAUGACCGACUUGUUUAUGCCUGACUUGUUUAUUACUAACACAAAAUAUCGUCCAUGUGUAAGCCCACCCGUAUAUAAGCCUGUCCCCCCCCCCUUAUAUAAACCAAUCAAAAAUUGCUUACGAAAGUAUAUAAGCCCAGGGCUUAUAGUUGGAGGUUUACGGUAUCAAUUAAUUUACAAAAUAAUUUAUAUUUUUUGAGGCAUUUUUUAAGUUAAUUUUUAAAAAAAUUGCUGUGGUUCUCCUUUGCAUUUGGCUAUAAAAUUCUUAAAUUCUUCAAAACAUGUUUUUACCAGUCGAAAGUAAUUGCUUUGAUGAAAAAAAACCCGGUUUUCGAAAAGUUUGCCAUUGGUUGAGGCAUUUUUAAAAAUUUUAACGGCCAUUUUCUAAGACUAUGGUUGUGUGUCGUUCUCCCUUUACAUUUGGUCAUAAUCCUAACAUAUCUGUCUAUAGAGGCAGCAAUUUCCUUGGGUAGUGAUUUCCUUAAUAAUUUUCUUAAUUUAUUUUUCCCAAAGGUGUUUCUCAUUUGGUAUUGGUUCUGGAGCUUCAUCAACUCUUGUGAAAGGAAUUGCAGAGGCCGGCAUGGGUGCUGCAGAGUUUAUUACCUCAGGAGAGAGGAUGCAAGCUAAGGUAACAUUGGCUAAAAAUUACAGAAAAAUAAAGGGGUUGAAAUAAAAUGGCCAAGAACUAAAGGGAUUUUUGUCCAAUUUUAUAGCUUUUUUUCCAUUUCUGAAAAAGGGGCAAAAAAGGGCAAAACGUAAACUUUAUGUUUUGUCUUAGGUUUGCCCCGUUUUCACAAGCGAGUAAAAUGGACGAGCAUUGAAGAGGUUAUAGCCUUUACUUGUUUUUGCCCGUUUUUCAAAAAUGAAAAAAGUGGCUGAAAAUGGACGAAAAGGUUAGGUGUUAGCCCAAUUUAACCAUUUUCUUACUUUUUCUUGAAUUUUUGCCAUUCUUUGAAAAAGUUAAAAAUUAUGAAUGGUAAUGGUUAAAUACCUUUUGGCCCUUUUUAAGCUUUACUUUUCAAAAUAAAAUAACAACACGUGGUCAAAAAUGGCGAAAAGGCUAACUCCUGAACUUUCGUCCAAACAAUAUAAAGGCCCUUUCUGCCUCUGGGCCAAAGACUGAACGCGGUCAAAAAUGGCCAAAACUAAAGGUAACUGCCUAACUACUUACUGUCUGUCUUUGUCUGAAUAAUAUUUAACAAACAUAAAACAUUUUCCGUGUUGAUAUACAGUUAUAUCACAGAGGAGAGAUCUCCUCUGUGGUUGUGUUUUCACACAAUUUCGAGUUUUCCCAAUCUCCACGAGUGUUGAUAUAACCACAGAGUAGAUAAGACAUAUGUCUCUACUCUGUGAUAUAACUACUUCAUAUUUGUUUUAUAAUAAUAUACAUAGAAAUAUUACUCGACUGUGAUUGGUUGGUUUCAGUGCAUUUAAUCCCAAACAGCAUACUAAUAUAACAAAAAGAAAUAUAAAGAAAGAAAUUUUUCGACGUUUCCGUGUUGACAUUGAGUUUAAUAUAUCAACACAACUCUUAGCUAAUCAGCGUUCGGAAUUUACAAAUGUUAUAUUAUAAAAUAAUUUAUUAACAGGUGAUCCGAUCGCUAAAGAAAGCCAUGCAGCCAGCAGUUACCGACACCAAAGUCUCUUACACAGUUCCUGAUGGUGUGACAGUCACUACUGUACCAAAAAGUUCUCUGCCAGCAAUAUUUAUCGGAGAACGUUUGAUCGUCUACGCCAUCCUUCAUCAAAGCUCGCCGCCUACUGAGGUACAAGAAGGAUCCAUAUGCCUGAGCGGAGAUUUACUCGGAGCGAAAGUUGAACACAACAUGAAGUUUCAAAUUCCAGCUGCCGUGACGAGAGAGCACAUGUUGCAAGUCUCGACCAUUCAUCAUCUUGCGGCCAAAAAGUUGAUCAAAGAAAUGGAAUUGGAUCUCGAGAGUGGUCAGACGAACUCGUACAUAAUCCAGCUCAGUUGUGAUGCGAAUGUCAUAUCUUCCCAAACAGCAUUUAUCGCCAUUGAUGAAGAACGGAAGGAGGCGGUGAAAGGAAGCUUGGAAACUUGGGAUAUUCCGCAGGAUGAUGAGUGGUGUGGGCAUUCUGCUUUACCGGCUGUGGCUUGUUUCAGUCUGCCGAGUGGUGGUGGUGGUUGUGUUACUGUAGGAGCGAGUGCGCCUCGUUCAAAAAAGAAAUCGUUUGGAUUUUCUAUAUCAAAGAUGUCUAACCGUAGAGCAAACAAGUAUUCCGCAAGUGCGCCAUUAGACCGUGAACGCCAUCGGGCCAAAUCAGCAGGAUUUGGUGGAGGAUUUGCUGAAGAUCAAAACAUCUCUACGAAAGAAUCUACUCCAACGAGUCCGCUUACAAGUAUCAUCAACCUUCAACUGGCCAGCGGUGCUUGGAAAAUGUCCGCAGAGAUGGCAGAUGUGAUGGCUAAAUCCACGGCAGAGAUGAAAAACGCGUGUCCAGUGCGUUGCGAAGGUGACAUGGAAACAAUCUGGGCGACGGUGAUUGUCUUGAUGUAUCUGCAAAUUCGACAGUCAAACUUCAGAGAUGAAUGGGAGUUGAUUGCUGGAAAGGCUCAAACAUGGCUGACAAAACAGAAUCUUCCCGAAGGUUGUUCCAUUCAAGUUUUACGUGAAAAAGCAAUGGCAUUUCUCUCUUGA